AUGAAAGUAACUUCUUUGAUACUUAUUUCUGUAGCUGUAAUUGCUACUGUAAAUGCUUGUUCUGAUGCUCACGCUACUGCUGGUGCUGGAAGUGUUUGUUUCUGUAAUGCUGGUUAUUAUGGUACUUCUACUGAUUCUGUUGCUGGUGGAGCUUGCCAAUAAUGCCCAACUGGAACUAAUUCUGUUCUUGCCACUACCGUAGGAACUCUUGUCACUUCUUGCACUUGCAAUGAUGCUAACUCUGCCCUCAAUAGUGGUAACACUGCCUGCUAAUGCAAGGCUAACUACUAUGGUACACCUAACCCAACUGCUGGUGGUACUACUGGAUGUACUUAAUGCCCAACUGGUUCUUCCGCUGCUGCUGGUUCAACUGCUGUUGCUUCAUGUGCUUGCAAUGAUACUAACUCUGCCCUCAAUAGUGGUAACACUGCCUGCUAAUGCAAGGCUAACUUCUAUGGUACACCUAAUCCAACUGCUGGUGGUGCUACUGGAUGUACUGGAUGCCCAACUGGUUCUGCCGCUGCUGCUGGUUCAACUGCUGUUUCUUCUUGUGCUUGCAGUGAUACUAACUCUGCCCUCAAUAGUGGUAACACUGCCUGCUAAUGCAAGGCUAACUUCUAUGGUACACCUAACCCAACUGCUGGUGGUGCUACUGGAUGUACUGGAUGCCCAACUGGAACAACCUCUACUGCUGGUACAACUGCUAUUGCUUCAUGCAUGUGCCCAGACACUAACGCUUCCCUCAGCUCUGCCUCUACUCCUGUUUGUUAAUGUAAUGCUAACUUCUAUGGUACUCCUACCACCACUGGUGCCAGUGGAUGUACUGCAUGUUCUUCUGGAUAAACUGCCCCAGCUGGUUCUACUACUAAUGUUUGCAAAGCUGCUUCAACAUCUUCCACAUACAUUUUACCCAUAGUUUCAUUGCUUUUCUCUUUAGUUAUGCUUAUUUGA